GUUGGGAGGGGUUCCAGUCCUCCUGAGCUCUCCUCAACGCGGAGCGCGGGUCCGCCGGCCCCAGACGCCGGGCAGGUGAGCUAAAUCAGCUCACUGAUUAACGCUGCUACACAAACGGCCGUCCACGAGCCGGAAAACCGGAAUGACCAUUCCUGAGAUACCUGCUACGGCAACCUUGGCGCACUUGAUAUUGUCGAGCUCUACUCGUUUUUGGGGUUUUUUUUCCAACCGUCCCCCCCCCCCCAAAAAAAAUGACUAACGAUGCGUCCAAAAAGAAGGGGAAAAGUUCGAGCGAGAAAAAGGCGAAAAGAAAAGCCAAACGCAGGGAGACGUACGCCAUGUACAUCUACAAAGUUUUGAAACAGGUUCACCCGGACACGGGGAUUUCCAGCAGAGCCAUGAGCAUCAUGAACUCCUUCGUCAACGACCUGUUCGAGCGCAUCGCCACCGAGGCGUCCCGCCUGGCCCAGUACAACAAGCGCUCCACCAUCACCAGCAGGGAGGUGCAGACCGCAGUGAGGCUGCUGCUGCCCGGGGAGCUGGCCAAACACGCCGUGUCCGAGGGCACCAAGGCGGUCACCAAGUACACCAGCUCCAAGUGAAGACCUCAGUUUGCUCAGUGACUCAGUGACUUGUAAGGUGGUUGAUUUCAAUAAACGCACAAAAGCUGA